AUGCGUAUGAUUGAUCAUCAAUAUCUAGAGGAUAGGAAAGCAUUAGAGAAUCAUUGGUUAUUUAAAGGUACUGAUGUAUUAGCGCAUGCAGAUCGUGUAGUACCUAAGUUAGGCUGGAGGCAAGUAGAUAGAUUAGGUAAUUUAGAUAUAAAAACACCAGACAUAACUCAGGCAUUUAUGUCCUUACAUGAGGCAGCAAUAUACUCAUGGGUAGUACCUACACAAGAGGAGGAGGAGGAAGAAGAAGAAGAAGAAGGGAUAGAGGAAGAAGAAAUAGAUGAAGAAGAAGAACCUAUUGAUCAUGUUCAUGAUGAUGAUUAUGUUAAUUAUAAUGAUGAUUAUCCUCAUCCUCCUACUGCUGCUCCUACUGGUGCAGCAGCAGCAGCAGCAGCAGCAGAAGCAGGAGAGGAGGAAGAGGAACAGACAGAGGCUGCUGCUUCUGCAGCAGGAAAAGAUAAACAUGCAGGAGAUAUUGAAAUGCAUGCACAACCCAUGACUUCUGCUGCUGCAGCAGGAAAAACAGCAGCAGGAGCAGCAGCAGCACCAUCAGGUACUGCAUCCCCAGCUACAGCAGAGCACGGAACAGCAGGAGGACUACCUCAUCAUGGACCAGCAACCCCAUCAGCAGCAGGAACCCCAGCAACAGCAGCAGGAGGAGCAGCAACAGGAGCAGCAGCAGGAGCAGCAGCAAAUACACCAUCAAGACGUAUGACGGGACACCAAUCCGUAACAGAAGGAAGCACAUGGCAUGCAAGUGCAUCAGGAUUAAGAGGAGAGGAUGCGCAUGCAGCAGAUUAUCCUUGUACACAUUCUGCUGUAUCCUCAUCUGCUGCUGCGGCAGCAGCAGCAGCAGCAGCAGGAUUAGAGGCAUUGCCCUCCAGAGAAGGAGGACUACUCAAGAAACGUACUGUUGCAGAACAGGAGCGUCAGGCACAUAGCCUAGCAGCAAGAGGGCAAGGACUAAAACCUUCUGUCUCCCGUGGCUUUGAUCCAAAAUUUAAUUUACGUUUAAUUGAGCAUGCAACUACAGAUGCAGGGGAGCGUGAGGUGUACGUACACCGUAGAAGGAGCUCAGAUGAGUGCAGCAGCAGCAGCAGCAGCAGCAGCGGAGAAGAAGAAAACUUUGAUCUAUUAGAGGUUACAUUACAAGGAAGAGAUCCAACUACUAUGGCUCCCUUAUAUAAAUUAACUUGUAGGGGAGCAGGAGGUGCAGCAGCAGCAGCAGCAGCAGCAGGAGGAGGAGAUGGAGCAGCAGCAGAUACAGCAGCAGAUAAGAAAAAAGAUAAACAUCUUGUUGCUAAGGCAUUAACUACAUUAAAAAAAGCUGUACAUACAAGAGGACCUCUAUUUGGUGGUGCAGCAGCAGCAGCAGCAGCAGCAGCAGCAGCAGAUAGUCAUGAUCUACGACGUAGUCGUACAUUAGGGUCUAGUAGGCAUGGAGAGAAAACAGCAGCAGCAGCAGCAGGAGGUGCAGCAGCAGCAACAACAGCAGCACGCUUAUCUAAGAGUAAGACAGGUCUUGGUUUAUAUCGUGGUGGUUCGUCAGCAGCAGCAGGAUCAACAGCAGGAACUCCUGCUGCUGCUGCUGCAGCACAAGGUGCAGCAGCAGCAGCAGAAGGACUAUGUGUUAGUAUUAAUAUUAAUGGAGACCCUCUGUCUCCGCAGCAGCUGCUGCAGCAAACAGCAGCAGCAAGAAGAGACAGUGCAGCAAGAAGGUUCGAUACAGAUGCUACUAUUAUAUUUAAUGAUGUACCUAGGGAUAGUUUUGCUGCUUAUAAAAAAAAUAAAAGAGGGCCAGGAGGGAAGCAGCAGCAGCAGCAGCAGCAGCGGCAUCCAUUAGGGUUUGCUGCUUAUGAGGCAUCCUAUGGGGGAGGAAGCUCUUGUAACUCUCGUCGUUCCUCUGUAUCUGGUGCUCUCCCUCCUGCUGCUGCUGCAGCAGGAGGAGGACCUCCUGGUGGUGCUACAACUCCUGCUGGUGCUACUAGCGGUGAGGCAGCAGCAGCAGCAGCAGCUACAGCUGUUGGUGAUUGGAUGAGGCAGCAGCAGCAGCAGCAGCAGCAGCAUGGAGAAGAGGGUGGGGCUCCAGGUGUCCAUUCAAUCCCCAUUACUAAGACAGUAGCUGAUAAGACAGUGCCUGGAUCUGCAGCAGCAGCAGCAGCAGCAGCAGCAGCAGCAGCAGCAGGUGCUGCAGCAGGGAAAGCAGCAGAGAAGAAAGCAGCAGACGAAGCAGCAGCAGCAGCAGCAGUUAAGAUAGGGGCACCAACAGAACUUCCUCCUCAA